CUUCCGGCGUGCCCGAGUCAUUGCAGCUUGUUUUGACCGGCUCUACUCCUAGAAAUGAGCUCGUCGAGUCUCUUCUAUCCUGCAGCUGCAGUUGGACUUACAGUAAUCGGACUAGUCGCUCUGAGGAGGUAUUCAGCUGGAGGAGUCUGUCGAAGCAAGAAGAAACUGGAUGGCAAAACUGUAAUCAUUACUGGGGCUAACACAGGCAUCGGAUUAGAGACAACUAUUGAUCUGGCUUGUCGAAAUGCUCGAGUCGUUAUGGCAUGCAGAAGUGAGGAACGUGGUCGGAGGGCAUGCACCGAGGCAAAGCAGAGAAGUAAUAGCAACAAUAUCGUGUUUUAUCAACUGGAUCUGGCCGAUCUUGAGUCUGUUCGACGGUUUGCUGCUGAAGUCUUAAAGCAUGAGCCUCGAAUUGAUAUACUACUGAACAAUGCCGGACUGAUGAUGUGUCCAUACUCAAAAACAAAAGACGGUUUCGAAACACAAUUUGGUGUCAACCAUUUGGGACACUUCCUUCUCACUCACCUGCUACUCGAACGCAUCAAAGAAUGCGCUCCAGCACGAAUCAUCAAUGUGUCCUCGUUUCUCUACGCCUACGGAAACAUCAAUUUCGAUGACUUAAUGAGCGAAAAAAGUUACAGCGAUUUUGGGGCUUAUGCACAAAGCAAACUGGCAAACAUUCUCUUUACUCGAGUACUAGCUGAUCGGCUUGAGGGCACGGAUGUUACUACAUACAGUCUUCAUCCUGGGUCUGUAAACUCGGAACUGAAUCGCCACCUUACUUCAUCACUACUGACUCGUAUUGCUUAUUAUCUUGUCUAUCCAUUCUACUGGCUCACUUCUAAGACCACGUGGGAGGGAGCUCAGACCAACAUCUAUUGUGCCGUGUCGGAGGAUCUGGAAGGAGUGAGCGGGAGGUAUUACAAGGAUUGUGCCGAGGCGAAGUUGCUGCCGCUUGCUAGAGAUGACGCGGUCGCCAAGAAACUGUGGGACGUCAGCGAGAAGUUAAUCGGUUUGAGCGGACGUGAUGAAUGAGAUGCGGUCGGCCGGCCGGUCGGUCGGUUGGUUGGUUGGUCGGUCGGUCAGUUGGUCAGCCGGUCGGUCGGUUGGCUGGUUGGUCGGUCGGUCAGACGUCUUAGCAGUGAACUCUUAUGAUUCAUGGAUUUAUGAUUUAUGCCUGAAACUUGCUGAUUAGUUAGACUUCUAUUGUUCAUUUCGUCUGUUUUCUCUCUUUGACUUUUUGUGCUUUUGAGUUAGAGUCCGUACAAAUAUCAACAAGUAGUGACAAUUUAGUGCUUGUGUAAAAUUUUUGGGACAAACUGGGUGCAACACAGUUUCAUUUAUUUAAAAUUUAUAGUAUAGCGCAGGGUGUCGUUG